ACAGAAGAGGCAAACGAGCGAUAACUAUCAACUGUGUAAAAGCGAAGCGUAGCAGAAUCCUGUGCAGGGACAGCCAUUUCAAAACAAAAACAUUUGGGCCGAAGAGUCCCACUGUUGUAAAAUUGGCGUCCGAAUCAGGGCCCUUUCUGCGUCAAAAGUGGUCAAAAUGCGUGCUACCCGGUAUUCGCGCGGUGGGAGAUCUUCGAACGGUCGCUUUCGCGGUAGUAGCGGUGGACGUAACACGGGAUCACGAUUUGUGCGCCACAGACAGCCAAGUCUCGAACGAACGACAAACUAUCGAGUGGCUCCGGUGCAAUCUUAUUCGGUGGCUUAUCCGUUAAGGCACAACCAUCACUAUCAUGUCGGCGAGGAAAACCAUUCGCGUUAUCACCCGGUACCGCAGUAUUCGCCGCAUCUGGAGGCUCGGGAACGGUACUUGGAGUAUCGAUAUAAAUCACCCGUUCAGAUGAUGGUGGUACAGAGUCCUUCUGUGGAGGAGAAUGUUCAUGAGAGGACCUCUCGGAAGAGAGAUCGUACUCCGCGGGAAACGCAUGGAAGGACCAGACGUCGCGUUCCUAGCCCCAGUCCUGUACUGAGUGAUAUAAGCUCCGGGAGUAGUUUCUUUGGGGAAGUGGUUGACAGUGAUGCUUACGCAAGUCCGGAUUAUGACGAACUCACGAGUGAGGAAGAGGAAAUAGUGGAUGAGGAGGAGCAGGAGGAGGAAGUGCUGGAGGAAACUGUGAAACGCAAGAAACGGAAGAAAGAGAAAAAGAGGAAGGAAAGGGAGAAAGAGAAGGAAAAGGAGCGGAAACAGCGGAAAAGAGAGAAGAAACGUAAGAAGGAAAUAAUGGAGGAGCGGAUUUGUCCACCCGAACAUGACGUAGCCCAGUCGAAGGAGAUAUUUUCCUCCGGUAAGAAUAUCCUGGUCAGUGUCAGCUUCGCCGAUGGCGAUGCGGAAGAGCGGAGAGAACAGGCGGAGAAGAAUCACAGAAAGGCCAAGAAGAAGAAAGCAAGUCGGAAGAAGUCAAAAACGGGAAACAAACCUGCGGAUGAUAACUAUAAGAUGAAGCAUGAUGAUUCAGGAGAGUCGGCUUCUGCGAAUCAGAAGAAGAAACGCAAAUUGGAUGAGAAUAUUAAGCCGGUUGCGAUCAUUGACUUGGAUCGAUCUCCCGGCAAACAAGUUAUUUCCAGCCCGAAGGAGGUAAUCGUUCUGAGCGAUGAAGAGGGAGGCAAUAAGGCGAAAAAUAAACCGGCCACCGAUCAGGUUGGGCCGAAUACACCUCCUGAGCCGGCGCCGAAGUCACCAGAAUCGUACGAUCCGUUCGAUCCUACAAAAUCCUCCACCCAAUCGCCCCUAUCCGGGCACAAUAUCGGAAGUAUUUCCACGGUGAGCUAUCCAGAGCAUCACCAUCUGCACCACCUGCAUCAUCAUUCGCAUCAGCGCCAGCUGAAGGAUGCGCAUCUAGCGAUGUCGCAUACCUCACUUGAUCUCAACAGCGCCGGUGGAGAUCACUACGAUGAUAGCGUCCUCGAUCUCCAUCCGUCUUCUCCAAUGGACCAGCUGUCACCUCGAGGUCUCUACCGGCAAUCCCCGCUCAAGUCACAUCGACCUACGGUCGCGAGGAAGCCAGGUCACCCAUCUGUAACCGCCACCACCACAUCCGGUGCGACAGUUCCUGGUGCAACAGCAGCAGUACCACCCCCUCCCUUUGGAGACGAUAUGGAAGACGGCGAUAUUUCUCCCUAUUCGCCCCGGUCUAGCGACUGUGAUGAUCAUAUGUUCGAUCCACCUCCAGAGGGAGAAGGCAUGGUAGCCAAUGGAAAUAGCGGCCAACAGCCGAAGACAAUUGCCCUCACUGUGGAUAAUCUGAGGAAGGUGUUUGGCAACGACAAGAAGACGCUAUACGGAGACCUGCGGAGGCCCAACGAGGCGGUCGUGAUGGUAGAUGAAAUGUACAAGCCUCAAAAAAUAACCCUCGAAAUGCUGGAUGACAUUCCGAACUCUGCCGUCGAUCUGCAGAUCAAAGAGAAGCUGAUACAAAAACUUCAACGCCAGGAGCGAAUCAUUGAAGAGGUGAAGCACUUCCUUAAACCCCAUUUCAAUAAGAAGCGGCUCAAUAAGGACGAGUAUAAGGAUAUUAUGAAAAAGUCCGUUCCGAAGAUCUGUCACAGCCGCUCGGGCGAGAUAAAUCCGGCCAAGAUCCAGAAUCUGAUCACGGCGUACGUGAAGAAAGCGAUCGCCAAGCGGCGGCUCGGCGCGAGCGGUGGAAAUGCGAUAGUUUCCUCGACGACUGCUGUCACGUGAUUGUCACGUCAUUUGUGGUU